AUGUUCCUGCCAAAGAACUCCAUCACUGUCGACGCAAGGGAGCUGCAGACACCCGAGACCGAUGAAAAGUAUAAGAUCCAAUUCGUCAAAGAAGAUCCCGUUGCAUAUAACACUGAUGCCUCCGCCGAAGACUCGCCCUCUCCUACCCCUCAUAUCACACCUGCAUGGUUUUCAAGCUCACCGGCGAAGAGCAUAUCUACACCAUACAACCCCAACGACAGAUCCAUAUCCGGGGCAGACAAUGAGUCCAGUUCAAGUGGACGUUAUGUUGAUAAGAGCCAAACGAAGAGUGCGCAUGGAAAAGGGAAGAUACGUAGUGACAAAAUCCCCUUCAGCGAUAAAGAUGAGUCGGCAAUACGGGGACUAUUGGCAUUGGGAUCCAGCGCAGCCGUGAACGACACGUCUCCUACCGUGGGAGUACCAACCGCUGUUACAGACUUCGUCCAGAGGAGUACUUUGUCGCCGCGGCUAAGAGAAUGUCCUACUGCACAAAGAGAGGGAGUUCCACCCGCAGCACCUUAUCCUUUGUUCAGAGAAACGAAUAUGUCUUCUGCCACUGAGCCGCUGUCUCCAAAUUCCGCACCCAUUGCUUCAGUACCAGAAGUCCGCAAACUAGAACUUCUGCGUCACUACCAGUAUCAUGUUGCCCCAUGGCUUGAUCUCAGUGAUAUGAGACGACCGUUCGGACUUACCGUCGUAGAUAUGGCCGUCAAGUCCGACAUUCUCAUUCAUGCGGUUAUGGAACUUUCGAACGCGUGUGCUAUUCAACGAUUGUCGGACAGAGAGUAUCAAUCUCGACCAAGUUUCUCAUCACAUGCCCGACGACUUCCGCCGAAUAGACAAGGCGCAGGCCUGAACAUGAAUUCAACAGAGCUUUCGUUGUUCAUCCUCUUGGAUGAGUUGCGCACUCUCAUAUCUAAUAUUCCGAUGGCCUGGAAGAAUGCCAACUGCAGUGAUCCUAGGCCCCCGGAGACUCUGGUGCAGCAUGCAUACGGAACUGGAAUCGAAUCGGUGAUGUAUUGGAUGUUUCUACGACUAGAGUUCGGCACUAUACUCGCGUUGCCCUCUGGCUUUGCGGGAAAGCCCUGA